CCCCAGGAUCCCGCUGCCCCAGGCCUUGCUGGGGCAGAGCUGCUUUUCCAGAUGCAGACGCACCCUAGCAGGGAUUCUCCCCACUCUCCCCACCGCCCCCCGCCCAGGCAUCUGUCCCUUCCCUGACUCCAGACUUGCCCCAGCCAGUCCCCAAAGGGUUUUCGUCCCUACCAUGCCAGCGCCACCUUCUUCUCCAGGCCACCUGCCUGGAGUCCUUGGUGAAUCUUUUGUCCUGUCCAGCAUUUACAGAAAGGAAGGCCAGAACCUCACCCUGCCCUCCUCCCCAGCCUGGAAUCGGGAGGAGGGGCCGGCACCCACCCAUGGGUGGGCUUAGCCAGCAGGAACAGGAGUGGGUGAGGGGGCUGCCCGAGGGUGGGCCCCAUGGAGAGCCCUGUGAGGCCUUCCAGGGGCACAUUGGGGUACAUCCGAGGCUGCGCUUCCUGGGGGAGGUGGCGUCUGAGCAACUUUCGUCAACAAGCAUGUUCCUGCUUGUCCUCCCCAACCGCCUGGCCUUUGUUCCCCAGGAGGGCAGCCGAACUGGGGCCCUGGCAGCCAGCAGGGGAGGGAGUAUGUUGGACAGAGGGCUGUGCCCGAAGGCAGGGCCUUCCUAAGUGGCUGAGUACACAGCGUCAGGUGGCCUCAGCCUGGCCCAGGGGACCAGCUGUGUUCUCCCAACCCCUGCAAGGCUGAAGCUGCCACCAUUCAGCUUUUCAGCAGCAGACACUCCACCCCAAAGCCUGCAGAAGGGAUUUUGUGAAGAGGGUCACCAGGCUGAGCCUCGGCCAGAACCCGUCUACAGAGGACCCCCCAGCCAGAGCAGAAAGCUCCUGAGCCAGCUCCCUUGGGUAACAGAGCCAAGCCCCUCUGAAGGCUAAGUGGUGACUGGAAUGGGGGGCUCCAGUUGGCCUGGGACACUGGGCUGGGGGCAGGCCUGAGGCCUCCACGGUGGAUGUAGGAUCCCUGCUCCCCCAGAUGGACUCCCAGAGGCCUGAGCCCAGAGAGGAGGAGGAGGAGGAACAGGAACUGUGGUGGAUGGAGCUGGACUCCGAAGAGGCCCUGGGAACCAGGACAGAGGGGCCUAGUGUCGUCCAGGGCUGGGGGCACCUGCUCCAGGCCGUGUGGAGGGGCCCUGCAGGCCUGGUGACACAGCUGCUGCGGCAAGGGGCCAGCGUGGAGGAGAGGGACCACGCAGGCCGGACCCCGCUCCACCUGGCCGUGCUGCGGGGCCACGCGCCCCUGGUGCGUCUCCUGCUGCAGCGAGGGGCCCCGGUGGGCGCGGUGGACCGGGCGGGGCGCACCGCGCUGCACGAGGCCGCCUGGCACGGGCACUCGCGGGUGGCCGAGCUGCUGCUGCAGCGCGGGGCCUCGGCGGCGGCGCGCUCCGGGACGGGCCUCACGCCUGCCCUGGGCCACACGCUGCUGGCCGCGCGCCUGCUGGAGGCUCCGGGCCCGGGACCCGCGGCAGCGGAGGCGGAGGACGCGCGCGGCUGGACGGCGGCGCACUGGGCGGCCGCGGGCGGGCGGCUGGCGGUGCUGGAGCUGCUGGCGGCCGGCGGCGCGGGCCUGGACGGCGCCCUGCUCGUGGCUGCCGCUGCGGGGCGCGGGGCGGCGCUGCGCUUCCUCCUGGCGCGCGGGGCGCGGGUGGACGCCCGGGAUGGCGCGGGGGCCACAGCGCUGGGUCUGGCGGCCGCCCUAGGCCGCUCCCAGGACAUUGAGGUGCUGCUGGGCCACGGGGCAGACCCAGGCAUCAGGGACAGGCAUGGCCGCUCUGCGCUGCACAGGGCUGCCGCCCGGGGACACCUGCUCACCGUCCAGUUGCUGGUCACCCAGGGGGCCAAGGUGGAUGCGCGGGACACCCUGGGCCUCACACCCCUGCAUCACGCCUCUCGGGAAGGCCACGUGGAGGUUGCCGGCUGCCUCCUGGACAGGGGUGCUCAGGUGGAUGCUACCGGCUGGCUCCGAAAGACCCCCCUACACCUGGCUGCAGAGCGAGGGCAUGGGCCUACCGUGGGGCUUCUGCUGAGCCGAGGGGCCAGCCCCACCCUGCGGACACAGUGGGCCGAGGUGGCCCAGAUGCCUGAGGGGGACCUGCCCCAGGCGCUGCCUGAACUUGGAGGGGGGCAGAAGGAGUGUGAGGGCACAGAUCCACGGGCUGAGCCAGACAGCAGGCUCCAGGCUCCACCGCCCCAGUGAUUUCCAGGCUCUCUGGCUGAGGCUGCCUGCCUGGAGGGGACAUCAGGGAAGAGGCUUCCGGAGGAGGGGAUGGGAGACAGUAGGGGAUGUGGCUUGAGCUGCAGUCACAGGCCUUGGCUGGACCAGGGAUGGCCCCCAGCUCCCAGGAGGGCCCACUGACCCUGCAGCUCCAGCCUUCUCCGUACUUCAACAAAGAAUGAGUUGUGGCAAUGAGGGAAGAGAGACCCUCUCAUAGUGUUUUAUACUCAGUACCUGUUUUAAGAAAAAACAACAAGGAAGUAAAACCAAAGACAGGCAGCCCGGCGCUAGGUCCGAAACCAGGCCUGCGCCGGCCUGGCCUAAACCCAGUAGUUGAAAAUCAAUUCAUAACUUAGAAACCGAUGUUAUUCAUAGAUUCCAGACAUUGUAUAGAAGAACAUUUGUGAAACUCCCUGCCGUGUUCUGUUUCUCUCUGACCGCCGGUGCAUGCAGCCCCUGUCAUGUACCGCCUGCUUGCUCAAAUCAGUGACGACCCUUUCAUGUGAAAUCUUCGGUGUUGUGAGCCCUUAAAAGGGACAGAAAUUGUGCACUUGGGGAGCUCGGAUUUUAAGGCAGUAGUUUGCUGAUGCUCCCAGCUGAAUAAAGCCCUUCCUUCUACAACUCGGUGUCUGAGAGGUUUUGUUUGCGGCUCGUCCUGCUACAUUUCUUGGUUCCCUGACUGGGAAACGAGGUAACUGACAGACGACCGAGGCAGCCCCUUAGGCGGCUUGGGCCUGCCCCGUGGAGCAUCCCUGCGGGGGACUCCGGCCAGCCUGAGUGACGCGAUCCAAAGAGCGCUCCCGGGUAGGAAAUUGCC